AAAGUGUGUCUAUGGCAUGUCAGACAGAAUCAACACGAAAACGUAGCGUAAAGAUUCAAGUUGCUGCAAGGAAUAAGGAAAAAGGAUUACAAGUUGACCUACAACCCAGAGUUCGAAGCAUUGGUAUUCAGGUUGAUGUACAAGAUGAUUUGCCUGCUCCACGUCCACCUCCAGCACCUGUUCCUGAUUCCUCUAGUGGUGAAGAGUCUAUCCAGACGGAGAAUGAGACUGCCUCAUUGUAUGAACCUUCUGGCACUAGUUCAGAUGAUUCUCAUGUACAGGAUAUCAACACUGAAGCACCCUGCAACCCCUUGGAAGACAGGAAGUUUAUCAUCUCCGAAACCAAGCUGCUUGAGCUGUUCAGUAACUGCAGGAGGUGCCACAAGUAUACAGCAGCAAGUGUACAGCAGGUGCUUGGAACAAUGGUGAAGAUUGCUGUGGAGUGUGAGUUCUGUGGGUUUACCUGGCAGUGGAGCAGUCAGCCAUUCAUUGGGAAUAUUCCUGUUGGGAACAUUGGGUUAUCUGCCGCCAUACUGUUUUCUGGUGCCCUUGUGUCCAAAGUUCUUCGUGUGCUGAACUGCAUGGGGGUUGCAACCAUUACCAGAAGAACAUUCAAUUCCCACCAGUCAGCCAUUUUGUUUCCUGUAAUUGCUCGUGUGUGGGACAAGCACCAGCAGGAGUAUGCAAGUCGAGCUUUGGAAAGAGGAGAUCCUCUGGUUAUUGGUGGAGAUGGGCGAGCUGACUCCCCUGGUCACUGUGCAAAGUUUGGCUCGUACAGCACCAUUGACCUUGAGGAAGGAAUUGUCAUUGAUAUCCAGCUGGUUCAGAGCAAUGAAGUAAAAAACAGCUUGGGAAUGGAGAAGAAGGGAUUAGAGCGGACUAUUGCCUGGAUGAAAGACCAAGAUUUGGAGAUUGGUACGAUAGUGACUGACCGCCAUGUCCAGAUACAAAAGUGGAUCAGGGAGAACUUGACGGAGACGACACACUAUUAUGAUGUUUGGCAUGUGGCAAAAGGUCUAAAGAAAAAGAUCCUAGCUGCAUCCAAACAGAAGGAGUGUGAGAAUCUUGCCAAAUGGAUCAAGAGCUUGACCAACCACUUGUACUGGGUGGCAGCUUCAACACCUGAUGGGAAUGGGGACUUCAUGUGGGCAAAGUGGGAGUCUGUGGAAAACCAUAUCCACAAUAUUCAUGAGGGCCACAAUGACCUCUUCCCAUCUUGUGCCCAUGACACGUUAGAGGGUGAUGAGCAGAAAAAGAAGUGGAUAAAACCAGGAACGAAAGCCAGUGAGAAGAUUUGCGAUAUUAUCCUGUCCAAUCAGAUGAAGAAAGAUAUACCCAAGCUGUCCCCACUGCACCAAACAUCCCAGAUUGAGGCUUUCCAUAGCACUAUCAAUCACUUUGCCCCCAAGAUGGUUUCCUUCUCUUAUCAUGGCAUGUACUGCAGGUUGAUGGUUGCUGCUCUCCAUUUUAAUGAGAACUCUUCAAGAAUGCAGGCAGUUACAAAGGAGGGAAACCUGCAGUACAAGAUCAGCUUUCCCAAGUUCAAGCAUGGCGAAUAUAGUGUUCGCAUGAAGACUGUAGAUUCAACGUUUGGGUAUGCAUCUGAUUUGAUGACAGAGACUCUACGAUAUGUUGAGGUAUCAUCCCGGACACCAGCACCCGCCUUUCCACCUGCGCUCUGUUUGCCUCAGUUGCAACCACCUCCUCUGUGCAGUGAUUUUCUUCACCCUGAAAAGGAGGAAGCAGUGUUUAAUUUCCAGUCUCGGUUUGGGAGGAAGGAGACAUCUGUGUAGGAGAUUCUAGCCCUUGUAUACAUAGAACUGUAAAUAUCAGUUGUGGAUACUCAUGCUGUAGUUUGUCAUAGUCUGUUUGUAAAUAAUUGUAUAAAUAGUGUUAUAGUUAGCAUUUACUUGUAAAUUUGCAUGUAGGAAAACAAAAAUAA